AUGAGGAAUUUGCACUUGUAUAAAGUGAUAGAAACGUCGUCAGAUGAAGUUAAAUUGCAAACCAAAGGUAAGAGUUUGUUGAAUAUUUAGUUUUCUUUCUUUAGAAGCUUCCCACUUCACGGUGGACACCAGAACGGGACAGAUAUUCUUCAUAACACAAAAGAAGCUGAUCGGAGUGCAAAAUGGUCAAAUUGUAAGUAAAACUCUUUGUUGAUCUUUACGAAUUUAGUCUCAUUUUGAAGCCACUAACUCUCUCUAACUGAUGCUGUCUUGAAUUUGUUUCAAAGACUUUGUUUUUGUUGAGUUUUGACUUGAUCUUCUCCUUGACCUCAUGUACAAUGUAAAUUAAUGUUUUAUACUGAAUUUUCAGACCUCUGACUACGAAUUUGACUCUUCAAUAGCACACGAGGGCCCUGUGGUAUGUUUUGAUUACCUUCCCGACACGGACGAGCUCUUUUGGAUCUAUCAAAAUGGACAUUGCUUUAGGAUGAGUGUCGAGGAAUGGGAAGUAAGUCAUUUUGAUCAUUUUUAUUCCUUCUUUAGGCGGUUGAAGAUACAGGAGUGCUGUUUGAGCCAGCCUGGGGUGCUGCGUGGUCUCCUGGAUAUCAGAAUCUCGUGGUUGUUACCGAAAAUACAGUUUUAUUGUUGUCCAGAGAGCUAGAUGUGGUCUCCGAAGCCGAAGUCCGCCCGAAUUACGCUGGAAAAGGUGAGAAGCUCCUCUGAAUAACUGUGUUCCGUCUUUAGAAGAGCUGCAGACGAUUGGAUGGGGAUCGAAAGAGACGCAAUUCCAAGGUUCGGCCGGGAAAUCGGCUAGAGAAGUGGCAGAUAGAGAUCGACAGCUAACUCAAAUCCUACCUUAUGACCAAGAAAAAUUCAAAACAUUGGUUAGAUGGCGAGCUGAUGGUCAGAUCAUCGCAAUUUCGAGUGUGGAACAAGUUGAGAAUGGAAAUUUUGCAAGAAGAAUUCGAAUUUGGGAUGGUGAACUUAAUUUCUUGGCGUUAUGUGAUCCGCUAAGUGGAAUUGAGCCGACUUUGGAAGUUCUGUAAGCUUUUGAAACAUUUUUGAAUUGAUUUUUAGGCAGUCUGCUCGAUUUUUAUCAAAUUUUUGCCAUGGAUAAUAUAAAAUUUUGUCGAAAGUUGAAAGAAAUGUGGAUUAAAAUAAUUUGAUGUCUGAAAAUAAUUUUAAUUCGUAUUUCAGGCCAUCACGGAACCUCUUUGUCACCUCCAGAACCAAUAUUGAUAAUCAAGUUCGAUCUCUCUGGUUCUACGAACAAAAUGGCCAAUACCGUCGACAUUUUGAGGUCCCAAACUCGAAUAAAAUGCAUCUAAAAACUAUUCAAACCAAUUGCGAUGGAUCAAUUUUGGCGUUGGUGUUUGAAAAAGAACAAAAUCGAAGUGAAUGUAAGUAUUUGAAUUUAGUUUUUUGAUUUUUAGUGCAAUUCUGGACAAUGAGCAAUGCCCAAUGGACACAGAAGUUGACCUACCGCUUCGAAUGUUCCAUUAUUUAUACGAUUUUUUCGCAAGAAUUCGCAUCCAACUUCCAAUUUAUGACUUCAGAAGGCGUCACGGUGUCAUUUGAUAUGGGAUUCGCCUACAAUUCGGAGAAUGGAAGAGUUGUCAGUGUUAAUGGAGGUAUAUUUUGUGUUUUUAUUACGAUUGUGGGGUAUUUUUAUUCGAUUUGAAAAGAAACCCAAUGAUAAUUGCGCACAGUGCAGUGAAAUAUUUUUUCGCACAGUGCAUUUUUUGAGGUUUGUUUUGCACUGUGCGGAAAUUGUCGCGACAAAGAAUCGUGAAAGUGAGCGCACGGUGCAAUUGGAAAUCUGUUUUUGCACAGUGCAUUUUUUGAGAUUUGUUUUGCACCGUGCGAAAAAUGUCGCGGCUUUUUUUUUGCACUGUGCGGAAAUUGUCGCGGCUUUUUUUUGCACUGUGCGAAAAAUGUCGCGGCUUUUUUUUUGCACUGUGCAAAAGUUAUCGCGACAAAAAAAUGGUGAAAGUGAGCGCACGGUGCGAUUGGAAAGCUGUUUUCGCACAGUGCAUUUUUUGAGGUUUGGUUUGCACUGUGCGAAAAAUGUCGCGGCUUUUUUUUUGCACUGUGCAAAAGUUUUCGCGACAAAAAAAUGGUGAAAGUGAGCGCACGGUGCGAUUGGAAAGCUGUUUUUGCACAGUGCGGGCAAUUUUGUGGGUUUUGCACUGUGCAAAUGCAAAUGAUUUGAUUUUUGGGAUUUUUCACAUUGCGCAUGGAUUUGAAAUUGGUUUUUAUGGCUUGAAAUUGAUAUUUGGAAUAUUUUGAAGAAAUUUUUAGAUUUUUUAAGUUUGAAUGCGUCAUCAUGACGGAUUUUUUGAAGAAAAUAAAAAAAAUUGGUUUUUAAAAAAUUGUAAAAUACGUAAAAUUGAGGAUAAUAUAUAAUAUUAUGGGUAUUCAGAAUCUUUGUUUUAGACAUUUUACGGCUGACCGACCUGAACAAAGCCCCCAUCCCACCGCCAAUGUCCCAUUAUCAACACCAACUUGAGUCCCCAAUAUCCAGCAUUUCCUUGGAUAAGAAUGGAGUAAUAUCGAUUUUGGAUGCUGACUGGAACCUGAAAUUGUGUAAGGCAAUCUUUUUUGAAGGGUAAAACACAUAAUUUCUUCGUAGCUUGAAGAAAAAAUUUUGAGAUUUUUUGAUUUUUUUUUGUCUGAAAUGUACCUUUUUAUUCCGAUAGUGUCAGUAGAAUGGAAAGAAAAAGAAGUUAUCACGGCUGGAGAGGACAAAAUCUCGGACUGCGACUUUGUCUACAAUGUUAAAGUAGUGGAUUCCAAGAAAAUUUCGUUUAUUUCUCUGAAAAACGGGGAAUAUAAAGUUGAAAUUGUUGAUUUGGACUCGAAACAGAGAAGGUAAGCGAUAUUUGUGGGAUUUUUAUCGAAAAAAUUGAAGAAAGUAGCAAUUUGAUAGGAAUUUCCAAAAAAUCCGUCAUGAUGACAUGUUUAUUUGGCCGAAUUUUGAAGUGAUUUUUUGAAAAUGUCAUAGGUUUGGGCAUAAGUUGUUUGUUGUAUUUUUGUCGGAUAGUUUUUACAGCAUAACUUUCCGUUUUUGGACGGUUUUUUCAUCAGGAUGACGGAUUUUCUGGAAUUUUUUGAUUUUGCCAGUUUUGGCGGGAAUUUUGAAUUUUUUUUUUGUAAAAUACGUUCGUAGAAGGUGGUUUUGUAUAUCUAUGACAAAUUUUGCGACUUCCAGAGCUUUGGCCGCCUUCUCAGAGCCGAUUUUAUAUCAACAUGUUGAUGGUGAAGAUGUAUAUGCGAUCACGGAGAAAGGCCGGUGUUUUGUGAAGAAACUGCAAGAACAGAGCCCGAAGAUCUUGUUCGAAACGAAUCUCGCCGACUUUUUCAAUUGGACCUACAUUGGAAAUGGGGUAAAAAUUUUGGACCAAGUGUAAUAUAAAAAGUCUCGAAAUUUUAGGUUUUUGAACCAACAAAAGAUAAAUUCUUGAUGUAUAUUCUUUCAGAGACUCCUAGGAAUCUCACCGAACUUCAAUCUCUACGUAAAUGAUCAAUCUCUCGUCCAAAAUUGCUCAAGUUUCUCACUGAACGGGAAUUUGUGCUUAUUUACGACUUUUGAACACAAAUUGCAUGUCCUGGAUGUGUGUAGUGAAAAGAAAAAACCCGAUGAAGGUAGGUGGUGGAUUUUGGAAGGGGUUUUGGACGUUGAAAUUAGGUUUUUUGGGAGAUUUAUAUUGUUUUAGGUAAUAUUUGGAGUAAAAUAAUGUUUUUAGACCAAAUUUUGCGGUUUUUUCAAGGAAAAUGGUGUUUAUAUAGGGUGUAGGAUAAAUUUAGAGUCUAGUUUGGGGAUUUGGAACGUGAAUUUGUGUUAAUUUAGAGAUUUUUUAUCUAAAAUAAUAUUUUUUUUCUAAUUUUCCCAAAUUUAGGUCGAAAAGUGGAGCGUGGAGCCGUCGUCGUUGGCCAUGAAGGCCAGAACGGCACAAAAUGUUGGCUGCAAAUGCCCAGAGGCAACCUGGAAGGCAUCCAUCCGAGAUUUUUAACUUUGACUACAUUAAAACAACUUUUGGACAACAAAAAGUACCUCGAAGCCGCGAUUCAGAUGAGAAAACACAGAAUCAACAUGAAUUUGAUCAUUGAUCAUGAUCAGCAAGCAUUUUUCGACAAUGCGAAAGAGUUUUUGGACCAGUUUUCACCCCAUGUUGAACUACACAUAGACAUUUUGCAACUGAUUAUUCUGGGGUUGGAAGAGGAAAACUGCACGAAUACGGUGUUUAGGUAGGUUGAGUGGGCUCUGAAGGGGAUUUUUAGCAUAAAAUUUGAGUUUUUUUUUGGAAAUUUUUUUUUUUAAUUUUACUACUUUUUUAGAGAGCAUUAUGAAGAGCGUCCAAAGUGCCCCGGGAAGGUCGAAAAAGUCGCCACGGAGUUGGAAAAAGUGAUCAGAAAGAAGCUGGAUGCAACAGAGAAGAAUGAGAUGUUGUACUUGACAUUGUUGUCUUGCUUGGUCCGAAAAACAACCAAAAACUCGGCUACAACUGCUCUGUUGGACCUAAAAGAGAGGAGUAGUAAAGGUAAAAAUGGAAUUUUUAGGGUUUUUAUUUUUUUGCUGUGAUUUUUUUUGUUUUUAUUUUUGCACAGUGCAAUUUUUUGGAUGUUGGGUUUUGCACAGUGCGAAAUUUUUGGAUUUUUGUUUUUUUGCACUGUGCAAAUAAGAAUUUCAAUUUUUUGCACAGUGCAAUUUUUUGGAUUUCAAUUUUUUGCACCGUGCAAUUUUUUGGAUUUCGGUUUUUGGCACAGUGCGAAAUUUUUGGAUUUUUGUUUUUUUGCACUGUGCAAUUUUUUGGAUUUUGGUUUUUUCGCACUGUGCGAGUUUUUGGGUUUUAUUUUUGCACCGUGCAGUUUUUUGGAUUUUGGUUUUUUUGCACAGUGCGAAAUUUUUGGAUUUGGGGUUUGCACUGUGCAAGUUUUUGGCUUUUAUUUUUCCACAGUGCGAAAUUUUUGGAUUUUGUUUUUUUGCACUGUGCAAAUAAGAAUUUCAAUUUUUUGCACGGUGCGAACUUUUGGUUUUUCGCACUGUGCAAUUUUUUGGAUCUUGAUUUCUGCACUGUGCAGAUUGAGAGUUUAAUUUUUUUUUUGCACAGUGCGGAGAUUUUGUUUUUGCACUGUGAAAAAUUUUAGUUUUUUGCACCGUGCAACUUUUCGGAUUUUGGUUUUCGCACUGUGCAAAAUGAGAGUCAGUUUUUUUUUGCACUGUGCGAAAUUUUAUUAUGGAUUUUUUAAGAUUUUUUUUGAUUUUUUUCAAAGCACAGUGCAGAUUGUUUUGAAGAAAAAUUUAGGUCUUCUUUUUAACUAAAAAUCCGAUUUUCAGUCUCCUCCGCCGAUGAAAGGACCCGCUUACUUUCGUCGAGUCUCCGCCACCUCAGCUACAUCGUCGACCCGAACCAACUGUUCGAAGCGGCCCUCCGAACAUUCGACCUCAAUAUCUUGUCGAUGAUUGCCGAUAAACUCCAAAAAGACCCCAAAGAAUACAUCCCGUUGAUCAAGCGCCUAAAAGGACUCGAGCCGGAAAAUUAUCGACGAUUCCAUGUCUGUCUGCUGCUGGAAGAUUGGCCUCAAGCCCUGGAUUACAUCAGCAAGGUGCCAGAGAGGUUUGAGGAAUGCUGCGAACACAUCAAACAGUAUGGACUCUAUGCGAGAGCCAUCAGGUUGUUCAAGGGAUCGGACAAGUAUAAGGUGAGAUAAAAGUGGUUUUUGAUGGGGAGGAUCGGUGGUAUAAGGCGGGAAAGGGGUGUUGUUGGAAAGAAUAUAGAAUAAUCUUGACUGAUGUUGAGCUUUUUUAUUGAUUCAGAGUAAAAGAAAUUCAUUUUGGCCAUUACUUUGGAAUUUGGUCAGGUAGGUGUAGGAUGAGAUAAAGUUGAUGAAUGAUGGAGAAGGUGGAUGGUAUAAGCCGGUAAAGUGGGGUUCUUGGAUAGAAUAGAGAAUAAUCUUGAUUGAUGUUGGGAUUUUUUUAUAAAUUUGGGACAAAAAUGAUUCAUUUUGACAAUUUUUUGGGGAUGUGGUCAGCUAGGUAUAGGGUAAGAUAAAGUUGAUAAAUGAUGGAGAAGAUGGGUGCUAAAAGGCGGGAGAGUGGGGUUAUUAGAAAGAAUAGAGAAUUAUCUUGACUGAUGUUGAGCUUUUUUAUUGAUUUAGGGCAAAAGAAAUUCAUUGUGACAAUUUUUUCUGGAAUGUAGUCAGCUAGGUAUAGGGUAAGAUAAAGUUGAUGGCUGAUAGGGAAGAUGGAUGGUAAAAGACCGGAAGAAGGGGUUGUUGGAAAGAAUAGAGACUAAUCUUGCCUGGCAUAAAGUUUUCAAAUAGGUUUUUGGGCAAAAAAAGGUAAUUAUGAGGGAUUUUUUGGAACAUGAGCAAUGUGAUGGUAACUGCGUAAUAUUGAUGAACGAUGGGGAAGAUGGAUGGUGUGAUGAAUGAAAUUGGGAUUGUUGGAAAGCCCAAGGGCUGUUCUUGAAGGGAUGAAGAUUUUGGUUUUUAUUUGGGGAAAAAAUAAGUCAUUGUGACGGGUUUUUUGGAAAGUGAUCGGAUAAGUGGAGGGUAAGAUAAAGUUGAUGAAUGGGGGGAAAGAUGGAUGGUUUUGAGAAUGAAAUUAGGAUUCAGGGAAAGGCUGAGGGCUGUUCUUUGAGAUUAUGAUGUUUUUGAUGUCAAAUUUUUAAUAAAUUUGUCACUAUGACGGAUUUUUUGGAAACAUAUUUUUUUGAAAGGGGGUUACAAAUGAUGUUAAAACUUGAUAAUAAAGACACAAAUAUCAGUCUCUUGGAGUGUUUAUAGCCUUUUGUAUCUGAUUUUUACUUUUUUCAAAAUUCAAAAUUUUCAUUUUUCAGGAGAUUUGCGCCCUCUCCGCCGAUUUCUACUACAAAAAAGCCAAGUUCACGGACGCCGCAUUCCUCUACAAAAAAUCGGAACAGUUCGAAAAGGCCCUGCAGGCAUUUGAAAGCGCCCAAAACGUCGAAGAUUACUGUAAUUUGUACGAAGAAAUUGGGACAUUACCGAAAACACGGUUCGAGUUGGGCCUGAAGAAGAUGGCUGUUCAGCUGGAGCAAAAAGGACGGACUGAGGAGGCGGCCGAAGCGCUGAUUCGAUUGGAAAAAGAAAAAUCCGCGACCGAAAAUUUUGAGAAUUUCGAAAAAAUCGCACAACUUUUGGCAGCGGCCGGGAAAUGGCGAAAAAUUGUGGGAUUGGGGAGGAGAAUACCGGAGGAAAUCAAAUUGUCCAUUUUUACAAUGAAAGUCGACCAACUUGUGACUUUGUUUUUGAGUCAAACACAUCAGAUCCAAGAGCAUCAAACUCGGCUGCUGGAGCUCCGCGAAUCCAAACAGAAGCACCUGAACGCGUGGAUUGAAGCCCAGGGCGACGAGGCGUUCGACUGCGCCCAAUCCGAGACCACCAGCAUCGCGUCCAGCAUGAUUUCGCAGGCCUCGAGAAUGUCCUCCGCCUCGAGCAGAAGACGGAAAAAUGUGGGUGAAACGAGGAGUAGAAGUGGGGAGUUUGCAGUGAUUCGGAGAGAUUAAAGUGUAAUUAGAGAGGGUAGAGUGGUGAGAGAUUUGAAUUUUGAGUUGGAAAAAUUUUAUGGCCUGAUUUUGAGAUUUUUUGGCGAUUUUUGACGAUUUUUGGUAAUUUUUGGCAAUUUUCAAGGAAGUUUGGAGAAAAUCAGGGUGGAUUUGGAUGUUUUAGGAAGUUUGAAGACUUGAUGAAGUUUUAGGGAACUGGUUUUGAAGUUUUGAAAUUUUUUAGGCGACGGAAUUUGAGAUUUUUUACGAUUUUUAGGAAUUUUUGGAGAUUUUUGACGAUUUUGAGUGAAAAUAGAAUGAAAAUAGCUGUGUUUUUGAUGAAAUAGAUGUGAAUUGGACUAGAGAGAGAUAUGGGAGAAUUCUAGAUUUUUGUUGAUAUCUUUUUAUACCUAAUUUGACCUUUCCGACCUUAUUUUAGGUAAUAAUCUGAUCAAAAAUAAAAAUUUUUAUUUCUAGGUGGACAAGAAGAAGUCCGUGAUCAAAAAAGGAAGUCAAUACGAAGAUGCCGCUAUUUUGCUGGCCCUAAAGUCACUUUAUCAGAAUGUGGAUAGUAAUCAAGGUACGUUUUUUUAGAAAAAUUUUAAAAAUUUGACUUUUUUUGUCAAUUUUUGAUAAAAAAACAUUAAAACUUGCGUUUCAGAAGAAGUCUCAGAGCUUCUGAGAGCUUUAGUCGACAUGGAUUUGCUUGCCGAAGCUUCGAAUUUGCAGGAAACGUUCGAAAAUUUGAUCAAUAUGUGUAAUUCGAAGAAGAACAGUAUAUGGCCCGAGUAUUUGAAGGCCAAAGACCUGCCCGGACCGAUUUUUGAGACGGUAGGAACAUUUGCUAUUUUUUGUUUUGUCAAAAAAGAACGAUUUUUGACGAUUUUGGACAUAUUUUUUUGCAAUAAGUACAAUAUAUUUUUUUUUCGAUUUGAAAAAUUUUCAGUUCCGCUGCGAAGACGGAAUCGUCCGCCUCCCCGAAGCCAACUCAAUGCCACCGAGAUUUCAACUCACCGAAGAGCUGAUGCCACCUAAAAUACGGACCAAUUUUUCGUGGAAAUUGGACAUGUUACAGUGAAAAUUUUGUUAUUUUUUUGUUGAUUGUUCUCAGUUUUUGUUGAUUUUUGCAAGUUAAAACCGGUUAUAUUGUUUGAGAAAGGAUUUGAGACCCUUUUUACUUGGUUUCAGACCAUGAAAUAUCAGUUUUUACCUUAUUUUAGGCGAUUUUAGGUCAUUUUUGGGGAUUUUUUGGGAUUUUUAAAGAUUUUGUUGUAUGUUUGGGGUUAAUAUUGAUGUUUAUGAUGAGACGGACCUCAUGGCAUAUUUUGAUAUAUGAUGGAGGCUGUAACGGACGUUUUUUAUAUUGAUUUAGCUCUUUUAUCGCCAUUUUUACCUUAUUUUAGCCAAUUUUUUGCGAUUUUGUCGUUUAACCCCUCGUUUUUUGCCGUGUAAUCGGAUUUCAGAUACGUAGUAUGAAAUGGCGCGUAUUUUAGAACCCACGGAACAAUGCCAGACCAUCCCCGCAGCGCUCUUUUGUCGGUUUUGGGCCUCAGCGCCGUUGCUGUUGUCAGCCAGAUUUUCAAAGGCUUCCUGGCCGAUUCCCAGCAAGGAACGCUGAUUGGCGGAGGUAUGUGGAGCGGUUUUGGGGCUUGUAGAUGAUUUUGGAAGUUUGAUUUUAUUGAUUUGGCCGAGUUUUAUUUGAUUUUCGGAGGAAAUUGAAAUUGCACGGUGCGGAGAGAAAAAGGUGGAAUUGCACAGUGCAAAAAGGUUUUGUUUGGAAUAAAUGUGAAUAGUAGGAAAAAAAAUUAUGUUAAAAUACGAGUAGUCGAAUUUGACUUUUAUUUUUUUUUUAUUUUUUCCCCAGUUUUGGGACGAAAAUAAAAUUGCACUGCACUGCGGGUCGGGUCAAGUUUUUUUCAUGUGGUGGUCAAGUCUUUCCCCUAAUAUUAUUUUUUCCCCGAAAUUCAGACUGUUAUAUGGGAGGUUAAUCAAGGUAAAUCUGGUCAGUUCUUGUUGAUUAUUUCAAGAACAAGUCUUAUUCUAUUUUUAGAAAUCAAAUUUGAUUGAAUUACGGUGUGGGUUUGCCUCAAUUUUUAGCAUUCUUUGGGGGUAUGUAUUCUAUACCUAAAUGAUCAAUUGUGAGACAGUUUCAAGUCUGAUUUACGAUAUCGUUUCCAUUUCACCUUCGGACGUACGCCACCUGUCCAAUAAAGGUAAGUAACUGUGAAUCUGGUAGUCCGUUUUUUAGUAAUUAAAGAUUUUGUAUAUUAUUCUAGGUUAUUCAGAAAAUUUUGUACGGGAUUUGCCUGGUUUUCCCUCAAAAUCACGUCCAACAUAUUAAUUUUACUGUCCUAACCACGUUUUCCAUCACCAGAGGUCUUCACAGAUGUGAUCCAGACGUUAUACGUUACAGGGAUCAUGUAUAACAUCCGCCUGAAAAAAACGCUAGAUUGGUCUCAAACACAUUUUUGCUUCGCUUGAUGAUCCUCGAAAGUAUUUUCUUUGAUUUUUAUGAAAAUUCCGCAUAGUUUGGGCGUUGAAUUUCAUCUCUACCUAAAAUCUGCAUCAACUUUGCACACAAAGAAAAAGUCUAAAAGAGAAGGAGAAACCUGUCCACUUACGUUUUUAUAGGCACUAGAGACCAAUAUUACGCUAAAUAAUCUAAUCCAGGCCGAAAACUUGGCAAAUCUCAACAAAAAUCUUCAAAAGUACCUAGUAUAAUAUACAAAAUCUUUAAUUACUAGAAAACGGACUACCAGAUUCACAGUUACUUACCUUUAUUGGACAGGUGGCGUACGUCCGAAGGUGAAAUGGAAACGAUAUCGUAAAUCAGACUUGAAACUGUCUCACAAUUGAUCAUUUAGGUAUAGAAUACAUACCCCCAAAGAAUGCUAAAAAUUGAGGCAAACCCACACCGUAAUUCAAUCAAAUUUGAUUUCUAAAAAUAGAAUAAGACUUGUUCUUGAAAUAAUCAACAAGAACUGACCAGAUUUACCUUGAUUAACCUCCCAUAUAACAGUCUGAAUUUCGGGGAAAAAAUAAUAUUAGGGGAAAGACUUGACCACCCAUGAAAAAAACUUGACCCGACCCGCAGUGCACUGUGCUAAAAUAAAAAGGUGAAUUUUUCACGGUGCCGUUGGGAAAAACGUAGAGGAUUUGUGGAUAGUUGUGCUGGAGAGGUCUUAAAAUACGAUUGUCAACUUUGAGUUUUUGGAAAUUUCCGAUUUUCAACGAUUUUUUGGGGAAAAAUGGAAUUGCACUGUGCAAAGAUAAAAAUCUCGAUUUUUCAAAAUUUCGUUGGGAAAUACGUAGAAGAAUUGUUGAUAGUAGUGCUGGAGAGGUCUUAAAAUACGAUGAUCUUCUUUUAGUUUUUGGAAAUUACCGAUUUUCAACGAUUUUUUGGGAAAAAAUGGAAUUGCACUGUGCAAAGACAAAAAUCUCGAUUUUUUGCGGCGCCCUUUGGAAAUACGUGGAAGAAUUGUGGAUAAUAGUGCUGGAGAGGUCUUAAAAUACGGUUGUCAACUUCAGGUUUUUUGGAAAUUGCCGAUUUUCAAGGAUUGUUUGGGAAAAAUGGAAUUGCACUGUGCAGUGAAAAUAAUUUCGAUUUUUCUCGGUGCCCUUGGGAAAGACUUUGAGGAAUUGUGGAUAGUAGUGCUGGAGUGGUCUUAAAAUACGAUUGUCAACUUCGGCGCUACGACAUUUCGGGUCAGGGACAACUCGGGUCGCGACAACUCGGGUCAACGACAUUUCGGGUCAACGAUACCGGUCAACGAUACCGUUUAAUAUUUUCGCUUCGGGACUUGGAAAAAAGAAUUUUUUGGUGAAUUUAAAAAAUUUUUCAAAUGUUUUCGCUUCGGGACUUGGAAAAAGGGAUUUUUUGUGAAAUUUGAAUAAAAUUUGAAAUGUUUUCGCUUCGGGAGUUGAAAAAAAGGAUUUUUUGUGAAAAUUGAAAAAAAUUUGAAAGGUUUUCGAGCUGACUGAGUAUGAACUGACUGAAUAUGAAAACUGGGUUUCUGUUACCUUACUGCCUUUAGGGAUUCUUUUUGAAAAUUUUUCGACUUAUAACACUUUUAGACGUUAAUGGUGUUGUUUUGGUGCCUAGUACUGCUUAAAAAACACAUUUUUAACACUUGGUACUAAAUAGUACUACCUGGUACUAUUUAGUACGAGGUGCAAAUUUGGCCGUAAGGCGGUAAUGGCGUUGGUUUGGUGCUUAGUAGAACCCAAAAACACGUUUUAACACUUGGUACUAUAUAGUACCAAGUGGUACUGUUUUGUGAGAAGUGAAAAUUCGGCCAUGAGGCAGUAAUGGUGAUGGUUUGGUGCUUAGUAGAGCCCAAAAACACGUGGUACUAUAUAGUACCAGGUGGUACCAUUGGUUUUAGACAAAAUUUUAGUGCUGCCGGCACCACAGUUAAUAUUCAGUCAGACACCCUUUUUUCUACUUCCGAUGCGAAAACAUUUCAAAAUUUUGUUGAAUUUUCCAAAAAAUCUUUUUUUCCCAGUCCCGAAGCGAAAACACUUCAAAUUUUUUUCAAAUUUCACAAAAAAUCCUUUUUUUCCAACUCCCGAAGCGAAAACAUUUCAAAAAUUUCUCAAAUUCACCAAUAAAUUCUUUUUUCCAAGUCCCGAAGCGAAAAUAUUAAACGGUAUCGUUGACCCGAGUUGUCGUUGACCCGAGCUGUCGUUGACCCGAGUUGUCGCGACCCGAGUUGUCCCUGACCCGAAAUGUCGGGACGCGUCAACUUCGGGUUUUUUAGAAAUUACCGAUUUUCGGCGAUUUUUUGGGGAAAAAUGGAAUUGCACUGUGCAAAGACAAAAAUCUCGAUUUUUCAAAAUUCCGUUGGGAAAUACGUAGAAGAAUUGUUGAUAGUAGUGCUGGAGUGGGGUUAAAAUACGAUGGCUUACUUUAAGUUUUUGGAAAUUGCCGAUUUUCAACGAUUUUUUGGGAAGAAAUAAAAUUGCACUGUGCAAAAAUAAAAAGGUGGAUUUUUCACGUUGCCGUUGCGAAAUACGUAGGAGAAUCAUGGAUAAUAGUGCCGGAGAGGUCUUGAAAUACGAUUGUCAACUUUGGGUUUUUGGAAAUUGCCGGUUUUCAACGAUUUUUUGGGGAAAAAUGGAAUUGCACUGUGCAGUGAAAAUAAUUUCGAUUUUUCUCGGUGCCCUUGGGAAAGACUUUGAGGAAUUGUGGAUAGUAGUGCUGGAGUGGUCUUAAAAUACGAUUGUCAACUUUGGGUUUUUGGAAAUUGCCGAUUUUCAGCGAUUUUUUGGGGAAAAAUGGAAUUGCACUGUGCAGUGAAAAGAAUUUGGAUUUUGCACGGUGUAGAUAGAAUUUUUUUAGUGGGAUUUUUGAUACAACAAAUUUUGAUGCUUGUAAAAUACGGAAUGUUUUUGUUUUUGAAAGAAAUUUUGAUGUUUUUCUUGAAUUCGAAAAAAAAAAAUUUUUCUGCACUGUGCAGUGAAUUAAAAUUGAAAAUUUUUGUCGCAUAAUUAAGAUAAAAUUGAGUAAAACCAGCAAAUUAUGAAAGAUUAUGCCCCUGAAAUACGAUAUAAAAUUGUUUUUUGUAGGACUUGGAGCGGUUUUCUACCUGUUUACCCUGAGUUUCAUCUCCAACACCAAGUUAACUUUGCAAGGCAGCCACUGCGCCUCAGGCAUUUUGGAAGUGGUCGUCGCUCUGAUCGCCACCGCAGCCCUUGCCGCGACCAUUCAUCGCGUCUCGGUCACCGUUUCGCUCCUUUUCUCCAUCAUUUUGACCGUUUUCUUGACCAGCCUCAGCCAAAAUUAUUAUCAUUCCGCGGUCGCCGCACCUCUGAUUCAAAAGAAAAAGAAGUAA